AUGGCUCUUAAAAUGACAGUGGAAGAAUUUCAAGAGCAGGAAGAAUCUACUGCUGAUGGUUGGCGAAAUAUGUGGGAAAAUGGCCAGUUAGAUCAAUCUGCUGAAAAAGUUCAAGCACAACUCGUUCAAUUUCAUGGUUUACUUCUAGCAGCACAGCGUACCAAUCGAAUUUUUGUGCCAAUGUGUGGUAAAACUAAGGAUUUAUUGUGGUUGGCUGGUAAAGGAGCUACCGUUGUGGGGACUGAAUUUGCUGCUUAUGCAUGUGAAAGCUUUUUCAAGGACAACAAUGUUCCUUUUGAUGUUGUAGAUCUGGAUGGCGUCAAUGGGAAAGCGUACUUUAGUACCGAUGAUAAAUUAAACAUCACUAUUUAUCAAUGUGAUCAUUAUUUACUAACCUCAUCUAUGGUCGGUUUUACCUUUGACGGUGUAUGGGAUAGAGGGUCUUUUAACUCUGUGCCAACCAAAGAUCGCAACAAGUACGUUAAUCAUAUGAAAACACUUUUAACCAGUACAGCAACGAUGCUCGUUGUUGUCGUGGAAUACGAAAUUAUCAGCCAGUCGGAUGAAAGGCAUAAUAUCCCAAGUGCUGAGGAAUGCCUUCUUUCAGCGUUUGCACCGAGUGCAAACAUUGAGAAAAUCGAUCGUUCAAUCACUGAGUGGCAAGGUGAUGACAAUCAGAAGCGCCUUAUAAUUUCAACGAACUGGGUAAAUUAUACAAUGUGCUCAACGAUAUCGGGCCAUGUUAGCCAUAUCACGGAAAUUACUAUCUUGCUACAUUGGCUACAGAUUCAAGCCUUAUAA